GAAGGACACCAUCAACUUAGAAAUGAUUCUUAGUUGGACACUCCUGGGUGCAAGAUACUAAUGCCUUUGUCCCUUUUCUAUUCUUUGAUUCAUAUUGUUCAGUUUGUACUGCACAGUUUAGGUUUCAGAGUUCACAAGGAAUGAGGGACCACACUUUUCCAAAGUGCGUUUAAGCUCAUAAACCUUAAAAUCUGAAGUGAUUAGCCUCAAGUAACCCCCACAGUCCUGUGUGACUUUUCCUUUGAAACCUCCACCAUUUACUCUGAUGAAAUGCAGUAGGAGCAGAAAUGAAAGAUAAAUUGUACCACGUGUGUGGUGCCUUAACAGUCUUGUCAUUAGUCUAUCUGCAAUGAUGGAGGUAGAGGAUGUAAUGUAGGGAAUCAGGAGAACUCAGACAGCAGAAGGCAAGGAGAAGGGCACAUUUAUCUUUAGGUAGAGAAAAGAAAACAUUCCUCUUUCCUCUCAUUGGCUUUUGCAAGAUUUUUAUAAAGUGAACUUUGGUUUUUGUUUUGUAAGUUCUUCCUGGUUUAUUACUUUUGUGCUCUGAUGUUUCUUUACAGACUUAGAAUCACAGCAUAUUUAAUGAACUGUACUUUCAAAACUACAAAGGGUGCCACUGUAAAUAUCUUACCCCACAGUCUGGCCUUUUUGUUAACUAUGGAAAAUUUCAUAUAUAUCUAAAAGUAAAGAGGUUAGUGUAACAUUUUCUCCCAUAUACCCAUCAUCCAGCUUUAAAUAACUCAUACAGUCUUGUUUCAUCUAAAUCCCCAUCACCUGGAUUAUUUUGAAGCAAAUUCCAUCAAAUUACUUCAUUCAUGAAUAUGUAAAUUAGCUUAUAGAAUCUUAAAUUGGCUUAAAAAAUUUUAACUACAGUACCAUUAUCACAUAUAAUGAAAUUAGUAAUUCCUCAACAUCACAAAUAUCCAAUCAAGUGUUGAGAUUUCCUUACCUUAUAAAUGUGUUACAUAUUUUGUUCAAAUAAGGAUCUAUAUACAAUCCACAUAUUGUUGGUUGGUUUGUCUUUUCUGAUAAUCUGUAGAUCUCUUUUCUGCUCCCUACUAUGCACUCUUUUUUUUUUCCUUGCAAUUUAUUUCUUGAAAAAAAAAUAGCUUAAUUUUUCUCUAAGAGUUGCCAGUCUCUGUCUUACCAGUUGCAUCUUUGUGAUACCAUGUCCUCUGUUUCCAUACUUCUAUAAUUUAGUGAUUCAAUAGCUGUGUCAUCCAAUACGGUAAUCACAUACUAAUAAGCACUUGAAAUGUGACUAGUUUGAAUUAAGUUAGGCAUAUUGUAUGUGGCUCACAUUCUUUCUACUAGGUAGCACUGAUCUAGAAACUUGAUCACAUUUGGAUUGGAAUUUUAUGGCAAGAAUACCUUACAUGAGCUGGGGAAUAUAGCUCAGUUGGUAGGGUGUGUACCUCGCAUGCACAAGGCACUGGGUUCAAUCCCUAGCACCAAAAAGAAAAAAAAGAAAAAAAAAAAAAAACCAACAACUUGACAUAUGUGGUAUGUACUUCCAUGUACCAGGCACUACUAUCUAUCCCAUUGUGAUGUUAGCAGCCACUAAUAAUCAAAACCUAGAUUCAUUAAUUUAUUAUGGGUGGGAAAAUUAUUUAAUUCUGUCAUUCUUCAAUUAUUAGCUGGAAUACUAAAAAGAGAAACUUCCCCUCAUCAACUAUUUAGUUAUCCUUGAGUUCAAAUUGUAUAGAAAAGCAAAAGAAAUACUUAAUUCUUUAAAAAAAAUUUUUUUUUGUAGUUGUAGAUGGAUAGAAUGUCUUUAUUUAUUUUUAUGUGAUGCUAAGGAUAGAACCCAGUGCCCCACGCAUGUUGGGCAAGUGCUCUGCCACUGGUACAGCCCCAGCCCAGUUAAUUACUUAAUUCUUUUUACUGGUUUGUAAAAUAAUGAACUAGUUUCUUACCAUCCCCCAAAGGUAGUCAGUGAUUUUUUGUUUUGCUCAUUUGUUUGUGUGUGUGUGUGUGUGUGUGUGUGUGUGUGUGUGUGUGCAUGUGUAUGUGUGUGUAGUGCUAGGGAUAAACCCAGGGGUUUGCAUGUGAGUUACACCCACAGCCCAAGUUUUGUUUUUAAGUAUCUUUAUGAACUUGGACCUAAACAUUUUUCUUUAAAAGCAGUUAUCUUUAUUGAUUGCUCCAUCUUUUGGCCAGUAGGAGUCUCUUCAACUCCUACUGAGUUCCCAUACAUUCCAGUAUUCUGUUCUAAAUUUAUCUUGUACAUCUGCUACCUCAGACCUGGAAUUGGUCAUACUUUUCCAAUGAGCCUUGGUUCCUCUUUAGAAGAAAAAGUAUUUAUAGACCAUAACCUGUAUGUUAGGGGUGCUUAUUGUUAUUGCUUGUCAUUUUUGGUCGUUUCUUAUUCCUUUUAGUCAACAGAAUAUUGAACUAUGUUGCUGUUGAGUCUUCAGUCCUUUUCAAAAUCAUGUCCUUCAUAAACAUGUACCUGAGUUUAUAUGUUGAACAUGAAAGGAUAAAAAUAGAGAAAUCAUUCAAGGACUAACCAGAAAGUCAACCAAUUAGUUGUUGAUUCAUCAUAUCAUAUAUGCAAGCAUACUUUUUUUUUUUCUUUUGCAUGGUUCUGGAGUUGAACCUAGGGCCUCUCUUUUACAAGCUAGGCAAGCAUUCUACCACUGAGCUACAUCCCCAGCCCUGCAAGCGUACUCUUAUUUCCUAGAAGUGUCAUCCCUGAACUUGUGAAGAACUCCAACAAAAGCAUUUACUUUUAAGAAAUUAGAUAAACAUAGGAAAGAAAACUAUGAGAGAAAGAAAGUGUAUUAAAUACUAAGAGUAUUUGGCCCAAGUGACUGAGUUUAUGUUGUCAAAGAAUUUGCUGCUAUAAGCCAACCAAUUAAUCACUCUAAAACCAUGCUUCUGUGUCCAUGUGACUUUUGUAACAAGAAGCUUAGCUAAGAUGCCAUCUGUUGUAGCAGUUCACUUCUACAUGUUUUGUCCACAAAGAAACUCUCCUGGGAAUCCCAAGGUAAGUCCAAACUAUAUCUUGUUCCAUUGAAAUAAGAACAAUAGUCAAUAGAUUAAAGGAAUGUGAAUGCUAUGAAGUAUUAGUAGUGAUUUAUUUCAGGGAACAGAAAUUAAAUGACACAUUUCCAACUAACUACUUUUUUAAUGUUUUGGGUCAAUAAAUUCUUCCCAUAUUAUUACUUUGUAUGGGCACAGCAAUUCCUAACUUGCCACAUCUGGUCACCUAUUAAGAAUUUGUUUUGCCUUUUGGAAUUAAGGUGGUUUCUCAUAGUCUAUGAAGCCAAGAUCAUGGUCUUUGUAGCAAAGUGGUGUUAGAAUGCAUAACUAUGCAGAAUAGUAGACUUUUCUUAACUUUAUUCAUGUUUGCCAGAAUCAGGAUACCAGAAUUGGAACUGUGUUCUUGGAAUAUGAUUUUUUUAAAUUUCCCAUUUUCUGGGUACUGCAUUAGAGGCUGCAAACAUAAAAAGGAGCAGACAUAUAGGAUUCCUGCCUUCCUGCAGUCUGAAUGUAAAUUAGAGAAGUUUAAUAAUUAUAUGGAUAAUUAGAAUUGUUAGUUACAAUUGUGAUCAUGCUACAAGAAAUAGUACUUACUAAUUGUUCAUAUUUUUUCAUUAUCAAAAUAUUUAUUUUAAAGUACCCAUAGAAGCUAAGCAAAAUACCAAACGCUCUCUAACGUCACAGAAAAUGCAGGUCAUGAGAGAGAGAUAUUAAUACAACAAUCAUAAAAAAUACACUGAGUACUUUGAAGAAAAGGUAUGGUUGUAGGAGAUAUGAAGUAGAAAUUUUUUUCAAACAUGGCUCUGUAAUACAGUUAAACAAAAAUAAUAGAAAAUACUGUCACAUAGUAGGGGUAAGAAUUAUUCCAUCUACAUAUGUGUAUGCUAGGUCACAAAAUAUACUCUUGUCACAGUAAAAAAAAAAAAAAUGUAUAGUGCCACUGUACUAGGUGGACCUAAACAAGUUUGUAGAUAGGGGAAAAUCUUUCUUGAAAAUGAUGUUUCAGCUGAGCUCUGAAAAAUGAACAGCUUUUAAUUAGUUGUAGAGAAGAGACAAGAAGAACACGGCAAGUAUCUGGAAUAGCAUGUGCAAAGGUCCUGUGGUGAGUCAGGAGACCAUUGGCAAUUGAAGGCUACCCAUGGCUGGAGUGAGAUGGGAAGAGAAGGAUCAGGAGCUAGAUGUUGCAAGGCUUCUGAAGGAGUUUUUAAUUCUGAAAGCAGCUGGGAACUAUUGAAAGCUUUCAUUGCAAGUUAGUGGCUUAGUUUUGUGUUUUGAAAUGCUGAUUCUUGCUUCAGCGUGUGGAACAAAAUUGCAGUAAUAGAGCAUGAGAUGAUACAUAGAGAUCAGUUGUCUAAGUGAAAGAACAGGGGCUAGUGUUCCCAUGAUAGCAGUGGAGGAAGCACAAAAUGGCUACACUCUGAAUUUUAGAGAGAACUUGGCAGAGGAUUUGACAUGGGUGGUAGGAAAGGAGAACAUCAGGAAUAGGUCCUCAUCACCUGGAUCAAAGCUGCCAUACUUUGAGACAAGGAACCUGGGAAGGGGGAUAAAUUUGGAGGAAGGGAAAGUCAGUAGUUCACUUGGAAUAUGUUGAGUUUGAGGCACUCUUGAGACAUCUUUGGAGAGAUGCCUUGUAGGCAGUUGUGUUUAUGAGUUUGAUCCCAGAAGAGAUCUGGAGAAUUUGUGAAUCAUUGGUAGGUAAUUGAAGCUAUGGGCAAGCGAAGUCACUUAAGAGAGUAUAGUAGAGAGCUUUAAAAAAAUAACUGCUGUCAUGACCUGGGCCUCAGCCACACGAAUCACAACAGCCUCCACCCACCCCCAUACUCAGUUGUAGCCAAACGGGCACUGGCACAUGAACUGGGAUUUGAGAAAUCCUGGGUUAUAUAGUUUGUUGAAGCAAGCACAGCCUGGCUUUCCUAAUGUCCCCACUCCUAUUCCCCCACCCCCCAGCCUCUUCAGGGCUUUCUCUGCCACCUACUGAAUAGAACCAGAACUAAACCUAAAGUUCAAAGUCCUCCCCAAGUGGACCCAAAUCUAUCCUUUCCAUCUUGGUGCAGAUUGCUUCCAGCACAAACUACCUACUUGAAUCAAGCAGCUUCCUGCCUCUGCUCCCUGGCUCAAGCUGUUCCCUGGAAUCUCACUCUCCAUCUCAACCCUGCUCACAGGCUUUUCUCCCACCUUCUGGGGCCAGAUCAAACCCCAUUUGUUUCCUAAAGCUUCCCCAAGCCCAAUAAUGACUAGAACACUCUCCCUUCCACAGGCAUUCCCUGGUGCGGUGUCCUGGUAAGCCCUGAAAUUAUUACCUAGUGAUCUAUAUCUCUCAUUUUGUAUUUAGCAAGGUGACCCUCAUUUUAGAAUAUGUUCUAACUAGAUCAUAUCUUAAUAUCCCUUGCCAUUCUUAAGACAUAUAUUCCCAGAAUCCUCUAACUCUUAAGUUACCCUGGAAGCAAGUGUAGGGUAGAUUAAAGAAGACCAGUUAGGAAGACCAAAGAUGAGGAAGAAGGCUGCCCUAUACCUGCUAAGUGGACAGUACAUUCCCUUUGAGUCUCAAUAGAACUAUGGCCCUUCCCCAUAGCUCAGAAUUCAAGUGAUAGCUGAAAAUAUAAAUGAUAAAUCUGAGAAUGCCAAAACUUGCUGAACUUGCCCAUGUCUCCUUUAACACUGUUGUACCUCAAAAGUGCCCUGUGAGAACUAGCUGACAGGGCAGAUGGGUUGCUGGUUACACUAGGACCUGCCUGGUCCUGUACCACGGAGGCAGCAUGAGGAGCGGCCUGCUGUGCAAGGGUGCUGGCUCCAGGCAUGGAGUGGAUGAGUCAUAUAGAGGAAGACACUGACAAGAAUGGACAGGUGGGGGAAGAGAUGAGGGAAUUAAAGGAUUUGCCCACCUGCCCUCACUUGACCUGUCUGCACUCAGAUUACCCACCCACCCUACCUCUCUACAUGAAACUCUCCUGUAGGGAACAGCAUGACCGUACAGUGACCCUAAGCAGCAGGGUUUUGCGUCAUCCUGGGAAAGAUGACAGAUUGUGUUGAGCCAGAGGCACUCUCUGGUGCAGUCUCCCUAGUAAGCCCUGAUUGUUUGUAAAAUGUCAGACUGUCUUUAGGAGUCUAGAGUUAUGGUAUAGGUAGUUAUAAGCUUAAAUUCUGUGUGAAUUAGUUUUUUUUUUCCAAGGCAUUAGACUCCAUAUUUAAUCCAUGGCUCUUGUAUUGCUAAACGAAGUACAUAUACUUACUACACUUGAUUUUAUCCAAAACACCCAGAAAUGAUAUGUGAAUGAGUUUUUAAUUCUGGAUAAGUUAUUUAACCUCAUUAAUUCUCAGUUAUAUAUAAAAUAAACAAUUAGAUACCACUACACACAUGACCAUAAAUGGUUAAAUUAAAAAGCCUGACAUUUCAGGUGUUGAUGAGAAUAUGACCAUCAGUAACUCUCAUGCACUAUUGUUAUGAAAGUCAAGUAGAACUAGUUCAUUUCUAAUGAAAUUUUGCAAAGAUGCUAUCUGUUUAAGUAUAAUGCAGUGGUGCAUGCCAAUAAUCCCAGUGACUCAGGAGGCUGACGCAAAAGGAUCACAAGUUUGAGGCCAACCUUGGUAAUUUAGCAAGACUGUCUCAAAAUAAAAACUUUAAAAAGGACUGUGUGGUUGUAGCUCACUGGUAGAACACCCCCGAGUUCAAUCCCCAGUACACACACACACACACAUACACACACACAAAUGCUACUUAUGUGGUUUUUACAUAUAUAGAGAUACAGUGACCUCAUAUCCAAUGACCUUGAUAAAUUAUGUUACUAAUUCUAAGAGAUUUAUUAAUAGAUUAUUUUGGAUUUUCUCAUAUAAUUAUGUCAUCUACAAAUAAUGGUUGCUUUCUUUCAUUACAAUUCUUUUUUUUAUUGUUCUUUUUUUUUAAAUUUUAUGUGUCAAUUUGACUUUUUUUUUUUUUCAUUACAAUUCUUAUACUCCCACAAGAGUUACCUCUAGUGCAACAUUGAAUAGACUUGUUGGGGAAUACCCUUUUCUCUUUUUCAGUACUGGGGAUGUCCUUUUGAAUUUCACCAUUAAGUAGGAUGUUUGCAAUAGAUGUUUUGAGGAUAUUUUUUAAUUGGAUUAAGGAAAUGACCUUCUAUUCCUAAAUUGGUAAGGGUCAGUUACUUAAAAUCACGAAUGGGUGUUCAUUUUAUGAAGUAUUUUUUCUGACUCCAUGGAGAAUAAUAUUAUAUUAUUUUGAUCUUUAUUCUGUUAAUAUUUAUCUUUAUUAUUAUUGAUUAAUUUUGGAAUGUUAAACCAAUCUGUCAUUUCAGGAAUAAAUUCAGCUUUAGCAGUGUUGUAUUCCUGUUUCCAUAAUUAUUUUUGUUAAGAUAUUUGCAUAUUUGUCCAUGAGAGAGUGCCUUCUAAUUUUCUUGUCAAGUCUGACAUCAAGGUUAUACUCAAAUCAAAAUGAAUUAGGAAGUAUUCUUUAUUUUCUUCUUCCUGCAAGAGUUUGUGUAACUUGAUGUUAUUUCUUCCUUCAACUUUGGAAUGGCAACUCUAUUGAUGAAAUGCUUUAGAGCUGGUCUAGGGCUGAUGGUAUAAAAGCGUGACUUAGACAUGAAAUAGUCAAUCCCUGGCAGUACAAAUGUUCUUGUUUUUAUUCAUAUCCUCCCAUAAGCAGCUCCAGCCACUUCACCUUUUCCUUUCCAGUUCUGUGGCCCAGCUAAACAACUACACAGACUAGUGAGGCCACUUGAGGUCUGAGCCUGGUCCACAGGACUCUACGCUCUCUCUCUCUGACCCCAGGCAGCCUGCCGAGCACUGCUGAGCCAUCUCCACAGUCCUCUGACAGAAUGAGUGCCCUCGAUGAUGUCCCCUUCAAGGUACCCAAGGGUUUUGUGAUCAGCACAGAGCCUCUCCCUGCACCAGAGUUCAGUGUCCCUGCCUGCAGGGAGCUUCUGCUGGGUUCUGUGCAGCAUGACUUCAGCCUGGAAAGGAACACUCUCUUCUGGGUGGAGGCUGCCAUCCGAGGACCCUGCUCGCACCAAAGCAGUGAUCUGGGGACUGUGUCAGCCCCUCCUGCCUGGCUCUUGCUGGUCAGCCCUGAAAACGGGCUGGUAUCUGCGCCUGGCACAGUGAAAGACAAGGAGGUUGGAUCCCAGGAGCCAUCCGAGGAAGAGGAAAACGAGGAAGAAGGCUUCUCUGCCAGCGAGGAAGAGCUGGACUCCAGCGGCCUGCUGCCCGGUUCCCCAGUGAGCCCUGGCUCCAGUCAUCGCCGGCGCUCCCUGGAUGUGCUGCGCAGCAUGAGGUCUGAGCUGGCUGGGGCGCGGCGGCGGCUCUCUGAGAGCAGGUUGGCUGCCUGUCCCCGCGCGCUCCUGCACCGCUUUCGCGGGCACCGGGCGCUGAGCCUGUGCCCUUCACCGCCACCUGGGCCUGCACCCCAGCUCCCCAACGCCCCUGCCCUGCCCCCACGGCCCUCGACAGCCGGCUCCAUGCCCCCACUGCGGAGCCACAAGCCCACGGUUGCGUCUCUCAGUCCAUAUACCUGCCUGCCACCCCUGAAGGGGACACCCCAGCCUCUCAACCCCCACAGAUCGCACCCUGAUUCUACAGCUGACCUGCUGUCUGCACUGAGCCAAGAGGAGCAGGACCUCAUAGGACCUGUAAUUGCCCUGGGAUAUCCCCUGGGAAGGGCCGUUGAGGCUCUGCAGAAGACAGGGAGGCAGAGCCUGAGCCAGUUUCUCAGCUACCUCAGUGCCCAUGAAAGGCUUCUGCGGCAGGGCUACGAGGAGGCCCUGGUGGACGAAGCCAUGGAGAUGUUCCAGUUCUCUGAGAGUCAGGCAGGAGAGUUCCUGCGCCUCUGGGAGCAGUUCAGUGACAUGGGCUUCCAGCCACACCGGAUCAAGGAGGUGCUGCUUGUCCAUGGCAACCAUCGUGAUCAAGCCCUGGAGGAGCUGGUGGCCUGUGCCCAGUGACCGUUGAGGCUCUUUGCGAUGCCUGGGCAAUCCUGUUCAGCCUAACUCUAUAACUAAAACCAAACAAGACCAACGAAGCCAUCCAUGCAUUCUCACCUGUAAACAAUGCCAAGGGUGGGCAUCGAAAGCGUUACCUCCCUGCCUCCUGAGAGGGGAGAGGGUGGGCAAGGAAUCAUGUUUUUCAUACAAGCCUUGUAAAAAUACUUGUAUUUGACUCUUUAAGCUAUGCACAUUAAUAACUUUGAAUUUGAGAAAAUUAAAUAAAUCAUGGCAGUUCUUUUGAGUCCUA